GUGAUGAAUGCUGUGACGUGACCUCGUCGCGUGACUGUAACUCCAUGAUCACAUGCUUCACAAAUCGGCGUUGUAUUGGUGUAUUGACGUCGAAGCGCGUUUCACGAGUCCUUUCGACACGCUUAACGCUCAAACGUUCACUCCAAACGCGUAACAUUCCCCCUCUCCCCGUAUCCUUCUUCUUCUCUUGAAUUUUUGGCGUAUAAAUGCCACCGCGUCGGACAAAGAAAGUGGUUGAAACAUCUGAAAGUUCGGAGGCUGAAGCUCCGAUUAAAGGGAGGCAAAACGAUCCGCCUGGUGAUGUAGACGACGUUGCUCCGGCUAGCCCGACACGCCUGAAGGGGAAGAAACGAAGAGCAGGUGCAGCUGUAUUUGCCGACGCGUCAAGUGGGAAUCCGGAUCGGAGUAGUGAUGCCGCCCCGAGCAAUAGCAAUAGUCCUCGUAGACCUGGUCCACAACAGCAAAAAGGCCCUCAACGAUCGGUGUCUUCCUUUGUAGAGCGUGAUGAUCGGGUGGAGAAAAAACGGAGGAGGCAGAGUGCUCGUGUUUCGUUUGUGAAUCAUUCGAGUGAUGUCGAGGGAGGAGAAGGAGAGGGCCAGAAUGGGGGUCGGGGGGAAGGGAACGGGGGAGACGCCUCGAAGGGUAGUACGGAUAGAGUUGGGGAUGUUGGAGAGGGGUUGGGUUCCCCUGCAACGCGUAGACCGCGGAUGAGCGCGUCGAGGAUUAACGCGGUGGCGCCUGCUCCCGCACCUGUGGUGUCGAUAGACGUAAUGAACAGUAAUUUUGAAGAAUGGAUGAAGAUGGCGACGGACAAUAAAAUUAAUGCGACCAAUUCAUGGAACUUUGCAUUAAUAGAUUACUUUCAUGACAUGUCCCUUCUCAGGAAUACGGACGACAACUCGAUCAAUUUUCAGAAGGCGUCGUUUACACUCGAUGGAUGCGUCAAGAUAUGGACGAGUCGUGUGGAUUCGGUGGGGACUGAGACAGGGAAGUUGUUGAGUAAUCUUGCUCAGGAUGGUGGUGCCGCGGAGGGGGACGAGGCACAGGGCGAGGAUGUUGAGCGCGACGCAGAGGUGGGCGAAGGUGACGAUAAGGGAAAGAAACGAAAGGUUCACCGGACAGAAUCCACUUUAGCCAAGUCGUAUGCUCAAUUACAAGUGAAGAAACUCGAACUUGAUUUUGCCGUUGACCCCCUUUUUCGGAAGACUCGUGCCGAGUUUGACGAAGGAGGGGCUACGGGCUUGCUCAUGAAUCACCUCGGUAUUGACUCUAACAUGCGAGUCGUUUUCGAUUCUGGGGAUUCCAAGGUUAUCGAUGACGAAGAAGAGGCAGAAGAGGAUCCUCAUGCCGUAAUAGAUUUAGGUCAUAUUCGGGGGAAUUUUAUGACAAACGAGAUAUUUGAUACCGUUGACUUACGGACAAUUGCACAAGACUUCAGCGACUUCCGUUUCUCGUCAGAUCCUAAUGCCGUAGACCUUUCAUUCCUCGACAAAAUUGGGAGCCGCAAUGUUGGAGAGCUUAAUCCAUCAUUUGAUGCUGGGAAUGAAGACUCUGGAGGGGGUUUCGGAGCCGACUUUAGCACUGGAGAUCUGGGCGAUGAUGGAGAAGCGCAGGACUUCUUUACGGGGGAUAAUCAAGUGCCCGCUAAUGACUUCGGUAUGGGGGGAGGUGGUGGCAUGGACAGUUUUGAUGAUGACACUGGUGAGGGCGCUGGCCCGCCAGUUAUUGGAGGAAUGGAGCGUUUUGAUCCGAGACGGCCACCCAAUGAGCGAGAUUUGGUGAUGGCUAUGAAUGAUGAGGAGGAAGGGGAGAUGUUAGACUAUUUUGAUACCAAUUUCAUGAAGAAUUGGGCUGGCCCCGAACAUUGGAAGCUUCGUCGCUCCGUUAGGAAAGUCACAGAUCCAGCCGCUGAAUCGCAGCCCCGAGCCAGACGCGAGAAGGCCGCUUUCACCAUUUCAUUCACUGAUCCCAUCGAAGCUUCACAAACGACCAAGUCCCUCUUUGUACCCGCUACCAAGGCGUCCAUGCUGCAACUUCCUUCAUCUACUCAACCAACAGCAAAACCUAGAGGUGGACGGGGGAGGGCCAAGAAAGGAGGGAAGAAACUGGAUGAUCAUCUUUUACCCGAUGAUAUGCAUUUUACUAGUCAGCAAUUGUUAAGGCUCUUCCUGAAGCCUAAAUUUACUCUUAAGAUGCGGCGACAUGUUCGGACGGGGCAAGAAUCUGCGGAUGGAGAAGUGGAUGAACACUUCUGGGCAGCCGCCCAGGCCAAUUCCAAUGGUAACUAUGAUCGGACUGAAGAUGGCGGACCGAUACCAUUCAACACUCAGUUCUUCCAUGAUGACGAUGACGAUGAUGGUCCUGGAUUGGGUUUCGAUGAUGAUAUGGAUGCUGAUCCCAACGAGCUUAUACCGUCAGCAUUGGACGAUGAGGGCACGGGAGAUCUGCUUGCGGCCACACAAGAAACGGUCAAACGAGUACGACUUGAAUUCGUGAAUUACGCUCGGAAAGCGAAGCGGGUGGACGUUCGGAAAUUGAAGGAGAACAUAUGGAAGGGGCUAAAUAUAAUUACGGAACCGGAAGCCUCGCACGAGGGUGAUGAAGAAGUGGUAGCGGCUCAGCUGACAGACCCUAGCGAGCCCCGGAAGUUUGAGUCGGUCAUACAAGGCCUGCGGGGGUCGUAUACCAGGGAGAAGAUGGAUGAGAUUAGCACAUCUUUCUGCUUUAUUUGUCUUCUCCACCUUGCAAACGAGCGUGGAUUGAAGAUUGAAGUGGAAGGUGGGGAUAAGACUAUGCCUGACAAUAAUGAGGAUCUGGAGGAUGACGGUCCCAAGGAUAAAUCGGUUGGUGAUAUUUGGAGUCUCAAUGUCUUUAGAGAUCCCAAUGCAACGGUCGCUGCAUGAAUUAUUUAUUUGCUCAAUUUUUUUGUUUUGGUUUCGUUUGACAUUAUCUGUAUGUAUUGGAGGAGCGAUAUGGUGAUUUGUACAGAAUACAUAAUGUCGUUGUGGAAGAAAAAAAAAAGCAUGGCGUCAAGACUGCCCAGCUUUGCGAACAAGAUGUCAAAGUCCUUUGGGGGUAUAAUGUUGUGCAUGCCAGAUGUCCAGGG